AUGCGCCUCUCUUCCCACGCCGCGACGCCACUUCCGACUGCUCUUCGUGUCUCCUCCUCCUCCCCUGGCUUGGGCGCGAUAUCACCAUCCUUCCUCCUAUAUUUCAAUGUUCAGGAUCUCUUAUUUUUCAUCCCUCCAACUGCUUCCAUGGCCUCCCCCCUCUACUCUAUGGACCACGCUAUGGCUGACGACGCUCCCGCUGCCGAUGGUGAGGAGUUCCUCCUUGACGAGACUACGGAGGAAAUCCACCUUUCGGAGCUCGAGACCUCCAACCUCCCCGCUGCUAAGAAGGCAUGCGUUAAUAUGAGCAAUGAUACCUCUUCGGGCCCCUCUGCUGCUGGCUCGGCUUCGCCCUCCCGAGCUGCAGCGUGCUCCUACCCUGCUCCUCCCGAGCAGCAGAUUUCUCCGCUGGCUGGCUCUGCUGCUGGGCCGAUCCUGCUGGCAACCCCGGGCAUGCAGGCCCCCCCUCGCGCCCUUCGCCGCCCCCGUCUGGCGCAGGCUGGCCCCGCCCUGCUGCCUCGCCGCCGUCGCGUCGUUGUCACUCUGCUCCUCCCGGAGGCCGGGGCUGAUGCGAAUCGGGUGGACAUCUUGCUCCGCCUUGGCGCGAUGCUGAAAGGUCACAUGUUCUCCAGCGGUACGAUUCCCUCCUAUGAUGCCACCUCCGGGGAGGUUCUCCGGGUGCCCCGUCGCUCCUACGCGCGGCUGCUCUUCUCCUGGCCUUCUGCUGAUGACGCGGUCUCUUUUCGCAAUCUCUUUCCGCUCACGCUCAAGCUGGCGAAUUCUCGUUCGGUCCUGCUCAAAGUUUACGAAGACCCCAACGCUGGGUUUACUGCUGCUAAGGCUGCUGGCGCCACCACCCUCUCCAUCCGCAACGUUCCCACCGGUUAUGAGCCGGAGGAUAUCAAGUCCUAUACCCUCGCGGCUACCACGGAUGACGGUCUGCCGUGGCUGAACGAUCUCCAGCACCUCCACCGGGUGAAGGACCCGUAUGAAGGGGUGGUGUAUACUAUCCUCGAUGGUAUCCCGAUCCCCUCUGCUGAUGACCCUAACUUCCAGCGCAUUCCGGCUGCCAUCUUCCUGGAAGAGGGUGGCCCUCCUAUGCUACUGAAUUUCUCGUCGCAUGUGUGCCUCUUCUGCGCCAACAAUCACCGCGAUGCGGACCACGCUUCCUUCGCGGCACACCGCAGGCAGCGCAUCACCAAUAGGCACGUGAUUUCCGUUGCGCAGCUCCAGCAGACCAACGGCCAGAUUCUUGGAUCCCAUGCUGCCCCUACGGCGAUCCGCAACGACCCUGGGCUUCUGCUCAUCGGACUGGACUCAGAGAUGGAGACUUGGACUUGCGUGCUGUGCGAAUUCCAGUGUGGCCACGCACUCGACAGUGCGAUGGCCCACAUCGCUUCCCCCACCCAUUCGGCUCGCCUGCGAGCCACCGCUCAUCUCCCGGCUGCCAAGGACAAGUACAGCACCUGGCGUGCUAUGACGCUGCUCGAGACACCGCCCUCUGCCUCACCCUCAAACGAUUCUCUUCCCACGAGCGACAACGCGUCUCUAAAACCAUGGACCACCUACGCCAACUGUGGACGAACCUGUAUAUCGAGGGAUGCUUCCUUUUGGCAACACAUUUCCCGUACGCAUCUAACCUCCUCUCUUAUCGCCCACCUUGCUGCUCCCAUCUCUCUGCACAAGGUUGGAAAAGCCAUCUCUCAGCUUGCACGAGGGAAAACCCCAGGCGCUGAUGGCCUCCCGGGCAAACUCUACAAACACUACAACCCCAGAUUUGCCCCAGCCUUCCACGCUCUAUUCAACCCAACGGUUCCGUUGACCUCCCUCCCCCCUUCCAUGCUUCGAGGCCGCACAGUACUCAUUCCAAAAAAAGGAGACUCCUCCCGGCCAGAUAACCUUCGGCCAAUCACCCUCAUGAACGCUGACUAUAGAAUCCUCGCGCUGUGUCUUGCUAACAGGCUCCAAAAAGCCCUUCCGCGUAUGAUUCACCCUUCGCAAACGGCGUUCAUUCAGCACCGGAAAAUCGAGGAUACCAUCAAUGAUACACUUGACAUUAUGGACUGGGCCUUGUUCACCAAUGCACCCCUCCUAAUACUCACUGUCGACCUUCGUAAGGCCUAUGAUUCUGUGGAUCGUCAAUUCCUUCUGCAAUGCCUUGCACAUUUGGGUGUUCCUGAAACUUUUAUCCAUUGGGUUCGCCUUAUGCACUCCGGCACAUCCACCUGCAUCUCAGUCAAUAACAACGAGGGCCCUGUCUUCCCAGUAAACACGGGCGUUCGGCAAGGCUGCCCACUAGCACCACUCCUGUUUAUCUGUAUGAUCGAAAAUUUUCACCGUUACACUUCUCUCUACCUCCCUGGUUUUGCCCUUUCUCCCACGCAACGUCGUCUGAUGGCCUGUUACGCUGACGAUAUCACCUUAUUUCUUAAUUCUAAUGCCGAACUUGACAUUUCUCUUGGCCUUCUCGCCCAGUUCGCCACUGUGUCGGGUGAAUACCCCAACUGGGAAAAAUGCUCAAUCAUACCUUUCAACGUCCCAUCUUCUCACAUCACUGCCUCAGGCCAAAUCCCGAUUCGCCUCCCACAUGAAGCUGAACGUAUACUGGGGAUCUUCGUGGAACUUGGCUCCCCUGGGCUCACUACCUGGACCACAACCCUCUCUCGUGUAUAA